AUGUCUGCUGAGACUGAAGCCAAGGGUUUGGUCUUGGAAAAUACAGCACGUAGAGAUGCUUUGAUAGCCAUUGAGAAAAAAUAUCAAAAAUUGUGGGCAGAGGAGCAUUUGUUCGAAAUCGAUGCACCAUCGAUUGAGGAGGAAAAUGUGAGCAUAGACCCUGAGGAGUUGAAAAAGAAGUACCCCAAGUUCAUGUCUUCGCUUGCUUAUCCUUACAUGAACGGUGUGCUACACGCAGGACACUUGUUUACGCUUUCGAAAGUCGAGUUUUCUGUGGGAUUUGAAAGAAUGAAGGGAAAAAGAGCAUUGUUUCCAUUGGGUUUCCACUGCACUGGUAUGCCUAUUCUGGCUUGUGCCGAUAAGCUGAAGAGAGAAAUUGAGCUUUUCGGUGCAGAUUUCGCCAACGCCCCAGCUGAAGACGAAGAUGUUGAAGAGAAGCCUGAAGAAGCCAAGCAGGAAUCCGAAGAUGUCACCAAGUUCAAGGCCAAGAAAUCCAAAGCAGCCGCCAAGAAGGGCCGUGGUAAGUUCCAGUUUGAAAUCAUGCUGCAGCUUGGAAUUCCUAGAGAAGAAGUGAAGAGCUUUGCCGACCCUCAGCACUGGCUCGUACACUUUCCACCUCUUUGUGAACAGGACUGUACUAAAAUCGGUGCUCGUAUCGAUUGGAGACGCUCCUUCAUCACCACCGAUAUGAACGCCUAUUAUGACGCCUUUAUCAGAUGGCAAAUGGAAAAGCUUAAGGCAGCCGGCAAAAUUAAAUUUGGUGAGCGUUACACCAUUUACUCUGAAAAAGACGGUCAGGCUUGUAUGGAUCACGACAGACAGUCGGGUGAGGGUGUGACCCCUCAGGAAUACGUCGGCAUCAAGAUUGAAACUUUGAAAUUCGCUGACGGUGCUCAGAAGAUCAUAGACUCUACUGCAAACAUCGACAAGUCCAAGAAAUUCUACUUUGUGGCGGCCACUUUGAGACCUGAGACUAUGUAUGGUCAAACAUGCUGUUUCGUUUCACCAAAGAUCAACUACGGUGUCUUUGACGCAGGUGACUCAUACUAUAUCACAACUGAGAGGGCUUUCAAAAACAUGUCAUAUCAAAAGUUGACCCCGGUCAGAGGCCAAUACAAACCUGUUGUGACGAUAAGCGGUAAAGAAUUUAUUGGGUCCACUAUUCACGCACCACUCUCUGCCUAUGAUGUCUUGAGAAUCUUGCCAAUGGAGACCGUGAUUGCCACUAAAGGUACCGGUGUCGUUACUUGUGUACCCUCCAACUCUCCAGAUGAUUUCAUGACUACAAGAGAUUUGCAGAACAAGUCUGAGUUUUACGGGAUAAACCCUGAGUGGGUUAAGCACGAACCAGUGCCCAUCAUUCACUCUGAAAAGUACGGAGACCUCACUGCGCAAACCAUUUGUGAAGAACUAAAGAUCAAGUCGCCCAAGGACUCCGUUCUACUUGCUGAGGCAAAGAAGAUCGCCUACAAGGAGGACUUUUACAACGGUACCAUGAUUUACGGAAAGUACAAGAACGAGAAGGUUGAGGUUGCUAAGAACAAAUUGAAGGCUGAUUUGCUUGCGGCCAACGAGGCUUUUGUCUACAAUGAGCCUGAAUCCUUGGUUGUCUCUCGUUCCGGCGAUGACUGUAUUGUCUCUCUGGAGGACCAAUGGUACGUUGACUAUGGUGAGGAACAAUGGAAGAAACAGGCCUUAGACUGUUUGGAUCACAUGCAGUUAUUUGCUCCUGAAGUUAGAAAUGCUUUUGAAGGCUGCUUAGAUUGGCUAAAGAACUGGGCUGUUUGCCGUACCUACGGUCUAGGAACCAAGCUACCAUGGGAUGAAAAAUACCUGGUGGAGUCCCUAUCUGACUCCACUAUAUACCAAGCGUUCUACACCAUUGCUCACUUGCUCUUCAAGGACUACUACGGUAAAGAAAUUGGCCCAUUGGGUAUCAAAGCCGAACAAAUGACGCCUGCCGUCUUUGACUACGUCUUCCAGCAUACUGAUAAUGUCAAGACCGACAUACCGAUUGAGAACUUGCAAAGAUUGAGAAGAGAGUUCGAAUAUUUCUACCCAUUGGAUGUUUCGAUUUCUGGUAAGGAUUUGAUUACCAACCACUUGACAUUUUUCAUAUACACCCAUGUUGCCCUAUUCCCAAAGAAGUUCUGGCCAAGGGGUAUCAGAGCAAACGGGCAUUUGAUGUUGAACAAUGCCAAGAUGUCCAAGUCUACAGGAAACUUCAUGACUUUGCAACAAAUUGUCGAAAAGUUCGGUGCCGAUGCCUCUCGUAUUGCUUUGGCUGACGCUGGUGAUACCGUCGAAGAUGCCAAUUUGGACGAAACUAACGCAAACGCGGCUAUUUUGAGAUUGUACAAUUUGAAGGAAUGGGCCGAUGAGGUUGUUCAGAACAUCUCCUCUUUCCGCUCGGGUCCUAUCACAGAAUUCUUUGACGUGUCGUUUGAAAACGAAAUGAACUCUUUGAUCGAGGAAACUUACAAGCAGUAUGAUUUGACCAACUACAAGGCUGCUCUGAAGGUUGGCCUGUUUGACCUGCAGACAUCCAGAGAUUACUACCGUGAGUCUUGUGAGACCAUGCACAAGGAUCUCGUUCUACGCUACAUUGAGCUGCAAGCUUUGGUAUUGGCUCCAAUCGCGCCCCACUUCUCCGAAUAUAUUUGGCGUGAGGUUUUGGGUAACAAGACCUCUGUUCAGGUCGCUAAAUUCCCUCGUGCUUCUAAACCUGUGGACCAAGGCGCUUUGUCCGCUUUGGAUUACCUAAGAGACUUACAAAGAAGAAUCAGAGAAUCUGAAGGCCAGGCUAUGAAGAAGAAGAAGGGCAAGGGCGCCGAUGUUGACGUCACCAAACCAGCCAAGAUGGUCAUGCUUAUCUCAGAAAGUUUCCCUGAAUGGCAGAAUCAGUACAUCGAGCUAGUGCGCAAACUGUUCGAAGCUCAGUCGCUCAACGACAACAAAAAGAUCAAAGAAGCUGUGGAUCCAAAGGACAUGAAACGUGCGAUGCCCUUCAUUUCCAUGCUAAAGCAGCGCUUGGCAGCUGAACCUGUGGAUACUGUUUUCAACAGAGAAUUGCCUUUCAAGGAGGUUGCUGUAGUGAAAUCUACAGUGGCUAGCUUGAAGAAAUGCUGUCAGGCAAUCAAGUGCCAAGAAUUCCAGUUCUUGUCGUUCCCAUACGGUUCCAAAAUCGGUAAGGAUAUCUUUACUGGAGAAGAAGUCGAAAUCAACUUCUCUGCGAAAGCUGUGGAAAGCGCUGUUCCUGGUGCUCCUAGCAUUAUCAUUUCCAACAUCUAA